CCUCGAGCACCGGUUCAUGCACCCCAGUUCGAUCUUGGAUGCUUGACGUGUCUAUUCCUGCCAGGAUACUCGUUAUUCAAGAUGCCUCUUCACCUCCUCGGCAAGAAAUCAUGGAACGUCUACAACCAAGAGAACAUCGAGCGCGUCCGGCGCGACGAAGCCCAGGCCAAAGCCCGAGAGGAGGAGGAAGAGCGUCGUAUGCAGGAGAUUGAUGCUGAACGAAGAAUUCAAAUCCUCCGCGGUGAAAGGCCUUCGACUCCACCUCCACCGCCCUCAGCGUCGUCCGUCUCCCAACCAGAUAGGAAAGCUUAUACCGAUGAUACAGGACGAUCGAGAAAAAGAAGACGUCUAGCAGGAGAAAACGACACCGAUAGAGAUAUCAGGGUUGCGCGGGAAGAUGCACAGUCGGCACUGGUCAGGCGGGAACAACAUGCUCCCGCUCGUUCGAGCGAUGCGCCACUUCACGAUAGUACUGGUCACAUUGAUUUGUUUCCUUCAGAGGCGAAGCGCAAGCCCGUAGAAAAGAAUGCAGAAGCAGAGAAAGAAGCUGCAGAAACGCGGCGAGGAUACGAAGAUCAAUACACAAUGCGAUUUUCUAAUGCGGCGGGGUUUCGACAAUCCGUGGGCCAGGCCCCUUGGUACUCGAUCUCGCAGCGUGAAGGUAUAGAUCCUGAAUCUGUGCCCAGCAAAGAUGCCUGGGGAAAUGAGGAUCCUCUAAGGAGGGAGAGGGAGAAGGCUCGCAUGGACGCCAAUGAUCCGCUUGCGGCCAUGAAAAAAGGUGUCCGUCAGUUGAAGGCGGUUGAACAGGAAAGGAAACGUUGGAAUGAUGAACGGAGUCGAGAGCUCGAAGCUCUAAAAAGGGCCGAAAAUCGCCGGUCUUCUCACCGCAGCAGGAGGACUUCAGGCUUGACUCUUCCCCAAAUAGACGCCGAGACGACAAAGAUCGGAGAUCUCAUCGGCAUCAUCGGUCUCGCAGAGAUAGAAGUCGAGAUCGUUCGCGUCGACGAACCUCUCAUUCUGAUUCGCGUUCCCAUCGUUCUCACCACGAUCGUCAUGACCGACGUGGGGAUACCGGACGCCAUGAUGAGGAGCAGAGAUUGA